AUGCGUUCUUACAAUAAUAACAAUAUCAGUCAUUUUUUCCAGACAAACCCUCAGUAUCAAGGCCAGCUGAAUGGAGAUGAAGGAGACGCAGGCGGUUCCGAGUUCAUGCCAAAGGCGAGCAAUACGAACCAUUCUACAUGGUCAAGGAAUUUGCCUCAAAGAGAUCAAUUCUUUCAACAGCGUUACAUUCCAAAUGAACUUGCUUUCCAAAUGCAAAAUGGCAUGAAUUCACAAAAUUUACAAAAUGGAGUUGGUAGCACGGAACCACAACUCUCGUUUGGUUUAUCUCAAGAUUACGACGAUUAUUCGAUUGGCCAAGUAUCAACGGUUUCGUCCCCGUAUUCACGAGAUGAGGUUCUCAAUCACCCCACAGCACUUCAGGGGAACCAAAAUAGUUUGGCGAUGGCAGCUGCAGUGGCUAAUGCUCACCUGUUACUUCCGAAUGGUCAAAUGAACGGCCCACAUAUCUUCACCAGUGCACCAAGGAAAACAGUAUACUUGGGAAACAUUCCACCUUCAUUGACCGUAAGAGAGCUAUUGGAUCAUGUGCGUAGUGGUGUUGUGGAGGAAGUAAAGAUCCUGCCGGAGAAAACGUGUGCAUUCCUUACAUUUGUGGAUGAAAGUGCCGCUCUGUUGUUUCACUCCGAUGCCAUUUUAAAAAGACUGCAUAUCGAUGGAAGAGAUAUAAAGAUCGGCUGGGGUAAAGCGACUCCGGUUGAUCCUCUCGUCACGACAGCCAUCGCUAGCGAUGGUGCCACAAGAAACGUAUACAUAGGUCUCCUGAACACAGAUUCUGACAUUGCUCUCCAAGUUGGUGCAGAUCCAAACGACGAAAAAAUAACGGAAGAGAAACUUAGAUCUGAUUUGGGAGAGUUCGGUGAAAUAGACUGUGUCAAAAUCGUUGAAGAGAAAGGCAUUGCAUUUAUACAUUUUGCGUCGAUUCUGAGCGCCGUGAAAGUGGUAGCCAACUUAGCUGGAAUAAAUCCUUAUUAUGAGAACAAAAAGAUUUAUUACGGUAAGGAUCGAUGUGCCUUCAUUACCAAGACACAACAACAUAACGCAGCACAAUAUUUGGGAAUACAACCCGGCACAGACCGAUUAACGCAAUUCAAUGACUCUGGAAUGAUUUCAAAUGCAUUGUUACAACAAUCCGCGGCAGCUGCCGCUAUUGCAACAUCCGCUGGCGGGCCCAAUAACCUUGGAAAUAGAACAGUCUACCUGGGUAACUUACCAAAGGAUGUCAAGAUCGAAGAGAUUUGUAAUGUUGUUCGAGGAGGUAUCCUGCAGGCCAUCAAAGUCCUUUCGGACAGACACGUUUGCUUUGUCACAUUCAUAGACCCAAUCGCCGCCGCUCAAUUCUAUGCGAUGAGUUCACUUCAUGGCAUAACCAUACAGAAAAGACGUUGUCGAGUUGGAUGGGGCAAACACCCGGGUCCCUUACCAAACGCAAUUGCAUUGGCCGUGAGUAACGGUGCUUCAAGAAACGUAUACAUCGGCAACAUUGAUUUCUACGAGGACAGCAAGAGACAAGAACCGAUCUUCACGGCAGAUUACUUACGAAAGAUAUUCCAAGAAUACGGAGAAGUCGAACAACUAAAUUUCCUGCCUGAAAAGAACUGCGCAUUCGUCAACUAUACAAACAUCAGCAAUGCCAUAUCGGCCAUAGACAAGAUCAAAUCAAACCCGCUCUUCAAGAAUUUGAAGAUAAACUUCGGCAAGGACAGAUGUGGUACCAUCCCACACCAAAGACGUUAA